CGCCCGCCAAGGAAGCGCCCGAAGCAGCCGGGAAGCGGCCCUUCCCUCCGGCUGGAGGGGCCUGCCUGCCUGCGGGAGAACGCCGAUGGAGGUGUCGAGGGUGCCCGCGCUCUUCCGGCAAGCCAACCGGGAAUUCGAGCAGGUAGUUCGGGCCCCGUGCGUGGAGGCGGCGGAAAGGGGCCGUCGAGGCUGCCUGGCCGGCCAAGGGUGCCUUGGGUAGGCCAGGAAGUAAAACUGGAGGGGAACUGCGACUUCUGAAUCCCGUUUUCUGCUGCCCGCCCCUUCCCCGGGCUGCGACUUCGGACGUCUCAACGUUUGACGGCCGCAUUCUGAAUUUCUUCCCUUCCAGGAAGACGGCGAGCAACCCGGCUGGGCAGAGCCCGCCCCCCCCCGCCUCCCCGGGCCUUGGCACUUCGAGAGGAAGGCGGGCGCCCCCGGACGCCCCGAUGACGGUGGAGAUCGGUGCAGCCGGUGCCGUGGCCGCCAGCUGCCCGUCCCCGGAGCCGGAGGGCUCCCCAGCUGCCCCCGUGGCCCUAGCAGUCAAGGACAUGGAGCGCUUGAUGGGGGAGUUCGGCGUGGACCUGGCCACGGUCACGCAGGCUUUUCUGAAGAACAGCGGAGAAGUGGCCGCCGUGGCCAGCUGCCUGCGGACCGGGCGCCGUCCGGACGGGCGACCUCUUUGGAACAGACAGGACGAUGAGGACUUGCUGAAAGGCGGAGAGGGAGCCAGGAAUAACUUAGAAACAAAAUAUGGAGUAGGAAAUGUAAAUAAACGAGAGCUGUUCAGGAGAAGUUUGUGCCAGGAGUGAAAAUCACCAAAGCUGCUGCAGUAGGGACAAUUGCCUUUUUUUUUUUUUUUGCAAUUUUUAUUUCCAUAGUAAGCUGUUUACUGUUAAUUAGGAUGGCAGUUGUUCUUGAAUGGUCAAUGUGGAUCUGACAAUAAAAUUUUACAGAACUGUCUUAUA